UCAGCUGACCCGAUCACAUGACGUGUAGCAUCUGUGAGUAAGGAGCUAAAUUCCUCUUUUGCUCCGUGUUUUUUUCGCCUUUUUCCUUCUAACCGGAGCUCCGGGAUGGCGGGUCGCGGUAAACUGAUCGCGGUGAUCGGUGAUGAGGACACGUGCACGGGCUUCCUGCUGGGCGGGAUCGGUGAGCUGAACAAGAACCGAAAACCGAAUUUCUUGGUGGUGGAGAAGGACACGAGCAUCACGGAGAUAGAGGAGACCUUCAAGAGCUUCCUGGUUCGUAACGACAUCGGCAUCAUCCUCAUCAACCAGUUCGUCGCCGAGAUGAUCCGUCACGCCAUCGACGCCCACCUGCAGUCCAUCCCCGCCGUGCUGGAGAUCCCGUCUAAGGAGCAUCCGUACGACGCCUCCAAGGACUCCAUCCUCCGCCGAGCCAAGGGCAUGUUCUCCGCUGACGACUUCCGAUAAACACACAAACACAGCGGUGAUUGAUGUGAACCUCUCUGUCUUCAUGUUUGUACAGUGACGUUAGAUUAGACAAUAAUUAACUGAAUAUAUUGAUAUUAUUGUAUUGAUUUAUUGUUCUUCCUCUGAUUGUGUUAGUGUGUUUUUUUUAUUUACUGUUGUGUUUGAUGUGGAGAAACAGGAAGGGGAUCAUGUGACCGGUCCCUCUGAGUGUUCAGUCAGCUGACAGCGACUCAGACAGAAACACUGUUCAUUCAGUUUAACUUAUAAAACUCUAACAUGUUAAAGAAAAUAAAUAUUUGUUGAUGUGA